AUGGCAGAAAAUCAGAGAGUUCAUCCAGCAAUAGAUAUUGAAGCACCCCCAACAGCACCUUUGGUCCCCAAUGGUACUUCGGCCUCGAAAAAAGGGAGUCCAGUUCGGAACCACCCUCCAUUACCGCAGACCAUUCCUACCAUCCAAGCAAUACCUGCGAAAAAGAGAAAUUGUUGUUGCAAGUGUGUGUGUUGGACAAUAGGCCUCCUAGUACUCUUGUUGAUAAUCAUUGCAGCCACUGCAGGCAUUCUUUACAAGGUUUUCCAGCCAAAACUCCCCAAUUAUUCAGUCAACAGUUUAAAGAUAAGUGAUCUAAGACUCAAUUUCGACAUGACACUCUACGCCAAAUUCGAUGUGAAGAUUACAGCCAACAAUCCAAACAAGAAAAUUGGAAUUUACUACAAGAAAGGAGGUAAGCUGAGUGUUUGGUCAACAAAAACUAAGCUUUGUGAAGGGUCACUACCAAAUUUCUACCAAGGUCACCAGAACAAAACAGUGCUCAAUAUAGCCUUGACAGGCCAAACCCAGUAUGGGAAUACUUUAAUGACUGCAUUGCAAGAGCAACAGAGAACCGGACGAAUUCCAUUGGAUCUUAAGGUUCAUGCACCAGUAGCAAUUAAACUUGGGAAGCUGAAGCUGAGGAAGGUGAAAGUCACAGGGGGAUGCCUAUUGGUGGUGGACAGUUUAACCACAAAUAAUUUAAUCAGCAUUAAAGCUAGUAAUUGCAAGUUUAGAUUAAAGCUUUGAGUUCUUACCUUCCAAAAGUAGGAUUAUUUUUUUCAUGUGAUAUACAAUAAGUUGCAGAAAUGGUCCAUUUCUCCACUCUCUAUUAGUGUCUCUAUUCUCUAUAUACAUAUAUAUUGUCUUGCUGGUAUCUUCCUGUUUUCAUUUGGGUAUAAUAAGCUUUAAAAUAGAAUGCAACACCAAGGAACAUGUUACUCU